GGAUGGCUCAGCCGGCCGGUCGGGAGGGCGGCGAGGGGCCUCCGGACCCCGGGGAGGCCGCGGGUCCGCCGGCAGCGCUGAGCCUGGAGGAGAUCCUGCGGCUCUAUAACCAGCCCAUCAACGAGGAGCAGGCGUGGGCCGUGUGCUACCAAUGCUGCGGCUCCCUGCGCGCCGCGGACGCUGGCCGCCGCCAGCCCCGCCGCCGGGUGCGCUCGGCAGCGCAGAUCCGCGUGUGGAGGGACGGCGCCGUCACCCUGGAGCCUGCCGCCGGCGACGCGGGAGAGCCGGCCCCCGCCUCGGGUAAAUUGGGAUAUUCACAUUGUACAGAAACAGAGGUUAUUGAAUCUUUGGGAAUUAUUAUCUAUAAGGCCUUGGACUAUGGUUUGAAGGAAAAUGAAGAAAGGGAAUUGAGCCCUCCCUUGGAGCAGCUCAUUGAUGGCAUGGCCAACACAGCAGAGGCUGAUGGCAGCAAUGAUGAGGGCUAUGAGGCUGCGGAGGAAGGUCUGGAGGAGGACGACGAUGAAAAGAGAAAAACCUCAGUUAUCCGGUCAUAUAGAGACGUCAUGAAGUUAUGUGCUGCUCACCUCCCAACUGAAUCAGAGGCACCAAAUCAUUAUCAGGCAGUAUGUCGGGCACUGUUUGCAGAGACAAUGGAGCUGCAUACAUUUCUGACUAAAAUUAAAAGUGCGAAAGAGAAUCUGAAGAAGAUUCAAGAAAUGGAGAAGAGUGAUGAAUCUAACACAGACCUGGAGGAGCUGAAAAACGCCGACUGGGCUCGAUUCUGGGUGCAGGUGAUGAGGGAUCUGCGGAAUGGAGUGAAACUGAAGAAGGUCCAAGAGCGGCAGUAUAACCCUCUGCCCAUUGAGUAUCAGCUCACCCCUUACGAGAUGCUAAUGGAUGACAUUCGAUCCAAAAGAUACACCUUGCGAAAAGUGAUGGUGAAUGGUGAUAUCCCGCCUCGGUUAAAAAAAAGUGCUCAUGAAAUCAUCCUGGACUUCAUCAGAUCAAGACCUCCUCUGAAUCCAGCCUCAGCCAGAAAACUGAAACCUACCCCACCGCGGCCUCGGAGCCUCCAUGAAAGGAUACUGGAAGAAAUCAAGGCAGAGAGAAAGCUACGGCCCGUCUCACCAGAGGAGACCAGACGCAGCCGGUUAGAUGUAAGUACCCCUGAAUCUCCGAAGAGUGCGGUGGAGUCAUCGAUGGUGAAUGGAGGGUUGCCGUCACAAUCAAAAGAAAGUGGGCCCAUUGCCCCACAGCAGGUGCCUGUGCAGCGGAGGAAGCUUCUCAAAGCGCCGACUCUGGCCGAGCUGGGCAGCUCUGACUCCGAGGAAGACACUCUGCCCAGGUCAGCCAGCAGCAGCAGUGCAUCUCCCUCAUUCCUUGAAGAUCCUGUUCUGGAGGCUGUGUCCACGAGGAAGGACCCUCCGAAGUUCCUGCCCAUAUCCUCCACACCCCAGCCAGAGAGGCGGCAGCCACCACAGAGACGGCACUCCAUUGAAAAGGAGACGCCCACCAACGUGAGGCAGUUCCUGCCCCCAUCCAGGCAGAGCUCCCGGUCGCUCGUUCCUAGGAUAAGCAGAGUGUGGCCCAGGACGUCUUUCCGACCACUUUUCUCUACCAUACAAACAGCUUCUCUGCUCAGCUCUCACCCUGUGGAGGCAGCCAUGCUGGGGGUAGCAGGGGCUAUGUACUGUCUGUGUCAGAGAGCUUUUACCAGCAGGUGGAAAUCCGCAAAGGAGGAGUUCUGCUACCCAGUGGAGUGCCUGGCGCUGACUGUGGAGGAGGUGAUGCAUAUCCGUCAGGUCCUGGUGAAGGCAGAGCUGGAAAAAUACCAGCAGUAUAAAGAUGUCUACACCGCUUUGAAGAAAGGAAAGCUCUGCUUUUGUUGCCGAACCAGGAGAUUUUCCUUCUUCACCUGGUCUUAUACCUGUCAGUUCUGUAAGAGGCCGGUGUGCUCACAGUGUUGCAAGAAGAUGCGGCUGCCUUCCAAGCCAUACUCCACCCUUCCUAUCUUUUCAUUGGGACCUUCUGCCUUGCAGAGAGGGGAAAGUUGUCUGAGGCCAGAAAAGCCCUCCACUGGCCACCAUCGACCACUUCGGAGCAUUGCCAGAUUGUCUUCAAAAUCCAAGUCUGUGGACAAAUCAGAUGAAGACCUACAGUUUCCCAAAGAGCUGAUGGAGGACUGGAGUGCCAUGGAGGUGUGUGUAGACUGCAAAAAGUUCAUUUCGGAGAUCAUCAGUUCAAGCCGGCAUAGCCUCGUGUUGGCCAACAAGAGAGCCCGAUUGAAAAGGAAAACCCAGUCUUUCUCCAUGGCUUCUGCAGGCCCCUCGGAGUACUGGCCCUCGGAGAGGACCAUCAGCGAGGUCUGAGCCCUGCCCUGCGCCCAGCGGCCUCGGCGGAGGGCACUAGCUGGCCCGGCUCAGCCUCGGGCUAGAGGUUGCAUCAGGGCAGGUUUCUGCUGCAUCACCUUAUUCCACAGACUGAGUACUGUGUUCACUUCGAUGACACGUGACAGGUCAGCCAGUGGCUCGUCCACUCUGAGAGAGGACAGCGGUUUGAAACUUGCUUUUGUGUGUGUGUGUGUGUGUGUGGAUGUGGAGGCAGAACCUUUUUCCUUAGUUCAGUUCUUUACUGCUCCUCACAUAGUUGUCUGACUAAGGCAGAAAACGUCUCAGUGCGAACUGGGUCUAAGACGGUGUGGACUUCGGCACUGCCCGCACGCGCUAAGUCACAAUGGCAUCUCCAGGACAUGGUCCUCGCCGAUGUGCGCAGCGCUGCCCGUCCCAGCACAGAACCCGCAGGGUUUGCUCUGACUCUCUGGCUGACUGUGUGGGACUGUUCUCUGGGGUGAGGGCCACGCCCGUGCAGGAUGUCGAUGCCGCUCUGCUCCAGGUGGGUGGCCGUGUCCACCACGCUGCUGGCUCUGCCCCGAGUGGGGGAGCAUCUUCGGAGCAGUGACAGCUCCCCUGCUCUUGUCUUGAAUGUAUUAUGGUUACCAGUCCUUUCAUAACGGGGAUCUCAGAAGUAAAGUUUGUGGUAUUUUGGGUCAAAGAAAGGUUAGAAGUUUGUCCAGGGGUUGAGCGUUUUGGCCAGCUGUGACAAGACUGUGACCGCGAAGGAUGCCUUUGUGGGCCACACUGCAGGGAGUGAGCUGGAACCCCACAUUCCCAACCACAGUGUCAUAACUUUAUAGUCUCGCCAUCACGCCUAAAUUCAGCCACAAUUUGGUACCUAAGGUCUCAAACUGAAAUUUAUUUAUUUUUAUAAAUGAAUUUUAAAUGGAAAAAAAACCAUUGUCUAGUUCUUUUAAAAUUACAAGAAAAUUAACCUGCUGAUAGGCUUUUUGGAUGCUUUUUGCACACGUUUUCCCUGUGAGCGGCUUGAGUGAGCAGGGUGGGGGUUUGGUGAGGUAGGUUGGAGGGUAGCAUUGUACACCAGUAAUCUCUCGGCUUAUUUGGCCCAUUCCCUGGGCCGUCCCUUGUUAUUUUGGAUGCUUAGCAAUGACCCCAGUCAAGGUGCCAGUCUCCGCGGUUCCCUGAAGCUUCUCCGUAGUCAGCGCUGCGACAGCACCACUUAACUCAAGGCAUGGCGGUCACACUUCAUGCCAUGUCCAGAUAGGGUAACAUUUCUGUAGUACAUUAACAGUGAUACCUCAGAACUGCGCUGCGAGUUUUUAAUGACUGAAAUUUAUAAAUUAGUAAAUGGCUUAAAAUUGCUUAUACUUAUAAAAUAAACUUUACCAAUUGACUGAA